UAAAUCGUUACACUUCGUCUUCUAAGUUUAUUGGUGAAGUAAUUAUGUAUGGCAAUACCGUGGAUUUCACAAUUGUAGGGAUACAAACAAUUAAAAAAUAUAGAGGACAGUAAAAAUUAGAUACAGAAAAGAAUUCGCGACACUUCCUCAUCCAAAUAUUUAUAUCAGAUUUUCUACGGUCUGCUUUAAAUCAAACGGACACAAAUUAUGUUUCAACAGGACAAUUUAACGAAACCACAAACCGUCCCUCCUAGUAAUUAUGAAGAAGUUUACAAUCACAAAUUAGAUAAUUCCGGCUAUGUGCCUUCAAUUAUUCCUACUUCACCAUCAGUACCAGUCAUAGACCCUGAAGAUUUGGAACCUAAAAACUUUUCAUUUAAUGACCAAAGCGUACGUAGAGCAUUCAUACGUAAAGUGUAUCUUAUAUUAAUGGGUCAAUUAUGUUUCACUUUCGGAAUGGUAGCCUUUGUUCUAUUUCACGAACCAACGCUUAAAUUUAUUCAACGCAAUUCGUUUUUGGUAACGAUUGCACUAGUCACUUUGCUUGUUGUGGUUCUUGCUAUGGCUUGCUGUGACUCUGCCCGCCGUACCUAUCCUACAAACUUUAUAUGUUUGAGUAUUUUUACUUUCGCAGAAUCAUUUGUAGUAGCCGCCAUAGCUGGUCGUUUCAAUUCGCAGACGGUACUGAUGGCUGUAGGCAUUACUGCUUUCUUGUGCUUAGUAUUGACAAUAUUUGCGAUGCAGAGCAAAUAUGAUUUUACCGCUUGCGGUGGCAUCUUAUUAACAGCUCUAGUGUGCGUGGUAAUCUUUGGUUUUAUCACCAUUUUUUGGAACGAUUAUAUUUUGCGCACAACGUACGCUUGUUUGGGUGCCUUUGUGGCCUGCCUUCUUCUUAUUUACGACACCCAGUUGAUGAUGGGUGGAGAUCACAAAUACAGUAUCAGUCCUGAGGAGUACAUUUUUGCUGCACUAAAUCUUUAUAUGGAUGUGGUGCGUAUCUUCUUGUUUGUCUUGACCUUAGUUGGCGGUAAAAAAUAGUUUACGAAAUCGUUCACACAUGUGCCGAACACUUUUUGUAUAUUUUUUUUUGGAAUCGCUUCCUUAAUGUUUUACGUAUUAAAGUAUAUGCAAAUUUUUUUUAAUAAAAAAAAAAAUAAAUAAAAUAUCUAACUAUCAAAGUCUAAGAAUUACUGAGAAUAUUAACAUUUUAGAGUUAGUAGAGUUUAAAUGUGCUAAU